AUGCAGAGCCAGAUUGUGUGCAGCGGGUGUAGGAGUCUUCUCAUGUACCCUAGUGGGGCCGGCAAUGUGCGUUGCGCCUUCUGUAAUGCAAUUACUAAUGUUCCUCCUCCAGGAAUGGAGAUGGCCCAGUUGAUAUGUGGAGGCUGCCGUACGUUAUUGAUGCAUACACGUGGGGCCACUAGUGUCAGAUGUUCGUGUUGUCACACAGUAAACCUUGCACCAGCACCUAAUAAUACCGCACAUAUCAAUUGUGGGAAUUGCCACACGACCCUCAUGUACCCUUAUGGUGCCCCAUCUGUCAAAUGUGCCGUUUGUCAGUAUAUCACUAAUGUAAACAUGGGAAAUGUUCGGGUCUCGAUUCCUAUGAAUCAGCCCACUGCGCCAGGCUCUUUAGCAUCUACACCCUCAAGUUCAGCUGCACUGCCUAAUUCCCAGAGCCGAACAGUUGUCGUAGAAAAUCCAAUGUCCAUUGACAAGAGUGGGAAAUUGGUGACCAAUGUUGUAGUUGGUGUAACCACGGAGAAAAAGUGA